ACCACCGUACUUGUUCCAUUUCCAAGUUCCAACAAUGGAGAUGGAGUGGCAGCGGGAUCUCGCCGGCUUCGGGCUCGCCGGCAUCGGUCGCGAGACCAGUCGCGUGGUCCGCGUCAUCCUCCCCAACUUCGCCAACGUGGGUCCCGCGUUGCUCUCCGCGCUCUUGUUCGCCCGCGCCGCCGUUUCCGACCCCGACUACGGCACCAGCCUCGUGUCGGACUCGGCCGUCCUCGGCCUCCUCACAUUCGCCAUCCUCGGGCUCUUCCUCCUCUGCACCGCCGCCUACGCGCUCGCCGUCGCGUCCCUCUACCGCACGGGCGGCGACCUCCUCGCCGCCGAUCGCAUCCUCAAGGAGCACCUCCCCGUCGCCCCUCUCGCGCGGCUCCUCGCCACGUUCCUCCUCGUGGCGGCCCCCUUUUUCGCAGUCUCUACCGCGCUCUCCCUCGAGGACAAGGUCCUGCUGCCGCUGCCGCUGCCGCUGCUGGGAUGGGCAACCGCGGCGUACGUCGCCACGGUGUGCCAGCUGGCCUGCGUGGUCUCGGUGCUCGAGGACACCAAGCUCUUCGGCGCCGUGCGCAGGAGCCGGGAGCUCCUCGCCGGCAAGUUCUGGGCCGUCGUGUGCGUCCUCGUCACGCUCGACGGCUGCAUCAUCGCCGUGCUUAAGGCUUUCACGGCGCUUGUGGUGGACAACGUGCUGGGCCUCCGCCUCGCGUUCCAGGUGGCGGCGGUGGUGACGGCGUUCGUGGCUCUGUGGGGGGUGCUCGUCGUCGCGCUUGUGGCGCAGCCGGUGAUCUACAUGGUGUGCAUGAGCCACCACCUGGAGGUCGUCGACAAGGCCCACCACGACUAGGCUCGCCGUCGACGGCGACAACUAAUGGCGUGAAGCUGCAGCAAGUGCAGACGGCGCCGCAGCUCACUGCUGACACUGCAACUACUGCCGAUCGAGCUAGCCAUCCUGAAGAGUUUAGACUAAUUAAGCUUUAUUUCUACUCCUAGUAAGUACCAUCAAGAGUAGGUUGGUCAAAAAAUAACUUCCAAGAACUUAUUACUAGCAAGUUCGUAAGAUUAUUAUGCAGUCAUAUGGAACUCUUUGUAUGUCUGGUCCGAUUGACAUGCGUGAUUGGGAUUAUGGUUAAGCUUUGAGAUUGUUUAUUUGUACAAAGAAGUGCAUUUGGAUGAA